AUGGUGACAACUAGGCUAUCGAAGUUGGGAUCUCAAUUGGAUAGCAAUUACGGCCUUCAAAUGAAAUUUAUGGAUGAGGAAACUAGUUGGAAUAUGUUCUUCAAAAUUGUGUUUGGGAAGGAAAGUUGCCCUUUGAAUUUGGAGAAAAUUGGAAAGAAGAUUGUUAAGAGUUGUAGGGGCCUUCCAUUAUCAAUUGUUGUGAUAGGAGGUCUUUUGGAGAAAAUGGAACCAACAAAAGAAUAUUGGAAAUCUAUUAGAAGAAGCAUAAGUUCAUUAGCAAAUUUAGAGAAUGAUAAGCAUUGCUUGAAAAUACUAAAGCUGAGCUACAACCAUUUGCCGGUUCAUCUUAAGCCAUGUUUUAUGUAUACGGGGACAUAUGAGGAGGAUCAUGUAAUUCGAGUCUCUAGACUCAUCAAGCUAUGGGUUGCUGAAGGAUUUCUAAAACCAAUAAGCUGCAAGAGUUUGGAAACAAUUGCAAAAGAGUACCUAACUGAACUAGUUGAUAGAAAUCUAAUUCUAGUUCACGAGUCGGGGUCAACUGGAAACAUUAAGUACUGCAAAAUCCAUGAUCUGCUGAGAGACCUUUGCUUGAGAGAAGCUCAAAAGGAGAGGUUUUAUGAUGUGGUCGAGCAACAUAGUCCUCAAGGCACGUGUAGCCAACGACGUGUAGUUAUUAUGCGAAGCACUCCAGAGGAGAAAGUAGUCGAUGCCUUGAAAUCUAGACCAUAUGCCCGUACAUGUAUAAGUGAUUGUACAAGAUAUGAACGGUUGCCCAAUCCAAAAUUGUUUGAGUUGGUUAAUUUGAGGUUUCUUGAUGUUAAAUCUGAUAUGUACCUCCACCUUCCUUCUUCAAUCAAUCUCCUCUGGAGUCUACAGACAUUAAUUGUUCAUUAUCCUGUAGAAGAGGUUAUACAUGCACCGGUCGAAAUUUGGAACAUGCCUCAACUUAGGCAUGUUCAUUUAUGGAGCGGAGAAAUUCAUCUCCCAGAUCCUCGAGUGAUAACAUUGUCGUCAUGGAGAAUCUACAAACCCUCCAAGGAGUAA